UUGUGGGAGUUGUCAACGUAUUUUGCUUCGAAACGUCCCUCACGCAUGCAACACGCAGUCCCCAAUCUCCCAUAAGCAGCCUUCCUUGCGUCUUGCUCUACUUCCUUACCAACAAACGCCACGUUUUCGUCCCAAGAAAAUUAACCAGCGAAUUCAGAAGAGGAGUGGAAAUGAAUUCAAUUAGAACCUGACCGCAGGAUUUUAAUCAAACGGCCAAGAUGACUUGGUCCGCAGGAUCCUGAGAUACAGAUCCGGAGACGAUCUGAAUCCGGAAAGCCCAACACAAGUAUCGAAGACAGAGGAGGCUUUGUUUUGUGUGUGGGUUGAGUUGUGAGACUGCGUCCGCAAAUAAUGUUGGGUGGUGGUGGUGGCUGCUCUCGUCUUUCCACCCAUCUGCGACUUCGAGGCUCGGACAUCAACCGGCUCCACGUCAACCUCCACCACCCGCAGCUAGGCUUGGGCUUUGGCUUUGUGUUUGUCUUGGGAUUAGGGUCUUACAACACCAGAAUCGCCCACCUCCGCUGCUGCCCCUGCCCUCCACCUCUCAAACCCCUAUCCUUGUCGUCUGCCGUCUCUCACUCUCACACACAGACUCACACAAGGGGGAUUCCUUUUCCCUCCAUCCUUGCUUGUUCUAAGUUGUCUUCCUCCAACAUUACCGCCCUCUCCCAUUGUUUUAGCCAACGAGAAGGUGAACGCGAGCUUCCCCCCGAAGGAUUGUCCUCUGUCGCAGGUUCUGAACCUGUACUUUUGGUUGUUUGCUGCAUAUCACCUGGAGGAAUAGUCGCACUGGGAAAAUUCGAUGCCCUUCACAUUGGUCAUCGAGAACUUGCGAUUCAAGCAUCCAAAGUUGGACCUCCAUUCCUUUUGUCAUUUGUUGGAAUGGCUGAAGUACUGGGUUGGGAACCAAGAGCUCCCAUAGUUGCGAAAUGUGAUCGCAAACGGGUUCUUUCCUCUUGGGCCCCGUACUGUGGUGACAUGGCACCUGCAGAGUUUCAGAUUGAAUUUUCAAGUGUUCGAUGUCUAACACCAAGGCAAUUUGUUGAGAAAUUAGUGAAGGAGCUUGGAGUGCGUGGGGUUGUCACAGGUGAAAACUACCGAUUUGGAUACAAAGCUGCAGGUGAUGCGACAGAGCUGGUGAGGUUGUGUGAAGAGUAUGGCAUUGAGGCAUAUAUCAUAAAUUCUGUUAUGGACAAGAACGAAUAUUCCAUAAAUAUACAGUCGAGUGAUUUGAAAGACAGAGGACAAGUCUCCUCUACUCGCGUUCGCCGUGCCCUUGCUGUGGGAGAUAUGAAGUAUGUCUCACAACUGUUGGGUCGGCAGCAUCGUCUGAUAAUGGGUGCUGCAAAGGACCAGGAAGGAUUUACUGGCAGCAAACACAAGUUGUCAGUUCCAAAGUCUGGUUUGUUAAAUCUGGCUCCAAAGGAGGGUCUAUACGAGAAGUGUUAUCUUUGUAGUGGGGAGGAUGAUGACCUAGCAUCAUCCUGCAGGGUCGUGGUUGACACCGGGAAUGUCCAUAUAGAAAUGGAUGAUGAGGUAGACGUAGGCGUAUGUAAUAGAGUUGGUACACAGGACUUGAGGCUCUUACGUAUUGAAUUUGGUGAUUCGCAAUCUUGAGUAUGUUUAAAUGAUUUGAUUUUCAUUUCGUCUCUUUUAAAAGAAGUUGGCUGAAAUC